CUCCUUCUCCUCACAACAUCAACAGCUGGGAGCAGCCAAAGAUGGCGACCGCGACCGUAGCGGGGCUCGAGGGCCUCAGGACGGAGGAGAAGAAGUUCGAGUACUUCUCCUCCAUCAACUCCAUGGCGAGGAAGAUCAUGCAGGAGCGGGAGAAGAUCAAGGCGCAGCACGGCUCCACCUGGGAGAAGAUGUCGCCGCAGGAGCAGGACUGCGCCAUCGACAGCUGCAUGAUGGACCCGCACAUCAGAGCCCGGUACGCGAUGCACCGGGUGGAGCGGGACGAGGUGGCCUGCUACCCCAAGCUGCUGCUCCACACCGGGCAGAAGAUGGUCCACUUCGGGGAGGAGGACAUCACCUGGCAGGAUGAACAUUCAGCUCCCUUCUCAUGGGAAACAAAGAGUCAGCUGGAGUUCAGCCUGACACCGGGCUCUGCCGACCAGGGAGUCUCCGCCUCGCAGACAGAACCCAAGUCCGCCAAGGCUCCUCACUCCAGCCAGAUGGGACCCAAGGUGACGGUCAGCGAGGGGCGGAGGCCAGAGGAGGAGUCGUCUUUCUGGAAGAUCAGCGCUGAGAGGUCCAGGCUGGAGGGGGAGCAGGCGGACUUCCAGUCGCUGACCCCAAGUCAGAUCAAGUCCAUCGAGAAAGGAGAGAAGCCCCUCCCCUCCUACCUCCGACAGGAGACCUCGGCCCCCCCCAAGGAGCCUGAGGCAGUGGAGCCCCCCCCUCCAGCUCCAACCCGACCCGCAAAGCAGAAAGCGCCCAAGCCCCCCGCUCCCCAGCCCCCGGCCCCCAUCACCCUUAGCGCCCCGCCGGUGUCCAUCUCCAUCUCAUCGAAGCCCCCCCCGCCGGUGUCCAUCUCCAUCUCGUCGAAGCCCGCCCCCCCGCUCAGCGUGUCCUCCUCAGUGGCGGGGUGGGAGCGGUCCCAGAGCACCCUGCCGUCGGUCAGCAACACCCUGGAUGAGAUGAUCUCCUCCAACCUCAUAUCAAAGCCCGCCAACAUCCCCACCCGGGUGGAGAGGCAGCGAGAGGUGGAAGCUCCACCCAACCCAGACCUCAGCCCCACAUUCUGUCAGUUCAACACAAGCAACAACAUCCUGAAGACCGGAUUCGACUUCCUAGACAACUGGUAACCCGCAGCCGAGCUCAUCCACCGCUCCGAGUGAAUCAUCGUCACUCUGAAGAAAGGACCACGCUGCCAUGACUACAGACAUCCACAUCUAGAUUUGAAACACACCCGUCUCUACAGUCCACCACAUUAUGUUCUAGUAAUCAUCUCCAGUGGCUUGUUAAGACAUUAUGUCACUGCCUGUGCUCCGGGGGGUUUUCCCCCUCCGCUAGAAGAGCUCCCUCUCUCCGCUCUGACUAGGUUUGCAUCUUCUGUCCGAACACCUUCUGUCCACAGAAUGUAGAGUUUUCGGGAUUGAACCUCACAGGAGCUGGACGCUGCUCCUCACUGUGCAUCCACACUGCGAACCACUCGGGUGAAGAUUGAAUUUUGAUCAAAUCAUUUCCCGGAUGUUGAAAAUCAAACCAAAAAAAAAACCAAAUGCUAAAGUGCAGAAGUUUUUCUUCAAGUUGGAGUCAAAAUUUAUUUAUUGAGCUUGUUUGAAACAACCAUCGUUUACCAAAGUUCAGAGCCGGCUUCAAACGGAAAUGAAAGAAUAUAAUAAACGGAUGGAUUCAAUCCGACUUUUAAAGUUUAAAUACCAGAGUUUUCUAUUAAAAUGUCUAAUUUCAUAACUGGGUUUUAUACGAGACGUUUGAAGUGGGAAAUGGUUUCCAUGCUGCUGAUUCAACUUCUCUCUGCUUUUCAUACGGAGCAAGGUUUAAUCAUCUUGUCCGGCUUGUGAGCCAUAAUUACUAAAAGAACUUAAAAAUAGCAGGAAACCAAAACCUAACAUCACUAACCAGCACAACCAGUGACGGUUGCUUCUGCUCCCCCCCCCACUGGAUGUUGUCAUCUUUGCCGUACUGUAAUCUUUCAAUUAUAACUUUUAGAAAAGGGAAACUUAAAGCGCCUGCUACGAGCCACUGACCAGUUUUAAACCUACUGGUUAUCGUUAAUGGCUCUGAACUGGUGAAUAGUGUCGCUCGCCGUGUGGAUGCACAGUGAUGUCGUUACCCAGCCGCCUUCUUAUAGACGCUAAUCCAGGAAGUGAGAACAGUUUUGUACCACGAGCAUGGAACCGUUAAUGUGUCGGUGCAAACUCUUUAGAUUGUUUUGUUGUGCAGAUUGUUUGCUCUCUGAUGUGCUUUUAUUUAUAUCUAAAUACAUAUUCCUAUAAACCUUUUUAGAGCUAUAGAGUUUAGUCGUGCUCGGUGCUGCAGUCCCGGCCCACAGGUCACAGGAUUCCUGGAAUAGUUUGCACGCCUGGAGGAGGCUGUUGAAUCUUCACCGUCCCGUAACAGGAAUACUGUGGAAUGAAUUUCCAUUUACACACAUUUGAUGGAAACCAGGCGGCUGCUCUCUUUGGCAUUAAGUGAAAAUAGAACCAGGAGGGAGGAGCAGCCGUGGAAGUGCUCGGACUUUGGUCGUGGAAAACACACGGUACUUGACAACGCUUCCUCAACCCCCCCCCCCCCCCCCCCUCCCUCCUCCUCUCCCGGCUUUGACCCCUGACCUCCACCGAGUAUGAAGAUCACACGCACCCAGACGUGUGUGUUUAGGCCAACGGGCAGGCUUGUAGUGAUUUGUGACAGUUUUCACAACUAGAGUACUAUUUUAAUGAAUUUUAUAUUUAUCCGCUGAUUGUAUCUUUAUGCUACACAUGUAUAUUGCACUCAUGCAUUUUGAAGUCACAGAUCCGAGAGAAGCUAAUAAACGAAAUUGUCGAACUUG